UCGCCAUCGCUACAGCCCUGCCAGCGCAGAAUCGCGGCUGACGGACACCUGCGUCACCUCCGCCCACGCCUCCUGCAAGCCCGCACGUUGCGCCUCAACCGCUCCUUCGCACGCAUCCUCGCACGCCCAGUUUUCAAGUCGCAUGCACCGCCGCUCUGUUGAUUUGCGCGCGUAGGGGAUGGCGCUGAAGUCCAGAGGGCUGGCAACCAUCGCAUCCUGACCCGCCACGCGCUCAGCCGUCCCGUCAUAAGAAUGUCCGAAUCGCCCUCGAACGCUUAUGCUUUGCUCGAAUCCUCGUUUACCGCAUCCCCCAACCUCCGCGCCCAUAAGCCGCUUCCGCGCCGAAGCGACGACCACCGCAGGCUUGAACCUGCUGCAUCCAAGGAACACACGCUGUGGCAAGACGAUGAGACCGAGUCGCAGGCCAGCAGCGAGCUUCCAACCCCGUCACCUCUGGUGCCUCCAGCUGUAGCUCCUAACGGAGCAGAGAGUGGACUCCCGCCAACGCCGCCUUCGAAUUCGCAAGACGGGCUACCUGCGACCGAUUACAGCCCUCCACCCCAUGUAGACGGCGUGGUCGCCUCGCUGACGUCGCGCAAAUCGACUCUGAGUACCCCUGUUAACCAGCGCAGCCCUCCCACGCCUGAUCCUAGUCCACCAAGAAAAGCCACCGCAUCCAUGACGACGCCUGAGCGCCCUCUUCCUUUUACAUAUCCCUCGUCCCGCGCCGAAUCUUUUACGACUGCCAGAGAAGAACCAAUCUCGUCCGAAGCGGAGAGCCGAUCGAGCACCCCGCUGGGCCCGCGGUUGAGCGUUGUGGAAGAGGACCGGGGGUUAGGGCUGGCAUUUGAGCGCGAGGACGAUGCCAAUACUCCGAAAAAUACCGUCGUUGAGGCCCCGCUCGACACUGCGUCAAAGAAAUUGGAAAGCGGGCUGAAUGGCCAGGGUGACCUGGAUGUGGAGGACGUACCAAAUCGGGAAUGGGACACAAAUCUGAUGCGGAAUGUGACUGUGCGCAGAAAGCGAAACGCAAAGCCGUCACCAAAGAAGCCGGAUGCUCCUAGGCCUACAUCUCCAGCUGUAUCCCCUAUAGCCGCAUCGACGCCGCGGCGCAGCUCCAGUCUUCGCGAGCGGGUCGAGGCGAGCAGGCGCAGUCCGCACACAUCUUCCGUCGAGAACUUUGCCAAGGCAAUCAAUUGGCCGAUCGAAGUUGUGGAUGCACGGACUAGCGAACCUGAUCAGAAGCGCUUCUCCGCCUCGUCCAUGUCAUCAACUGUAGUGGAGGCAAUGGUCGUUAUCACACCUCCAAAACCACAAAGACGGCAUACUCUGCGUCAUUCCGGAAAGAACCUGGCUUACAGGCGCGAUGCAGACUCACCCACAGAAAACGGAUCGACCAUUUACUCCCGGACAUCUAUCCGGCCCGACGACGUGCCGCUGCAUCGACUUCUCCACAAAAAAGCAAGCAUCAACGACAGGAGGAAUCGCAUCAGUUCCGAUUCUGCUACCAUGUACGACCGCACGGCCACGCCAGCAUCUCUCCGACAGCGUGCAGAAGAAAGCGCAGCGGUCACUCUAGCCCAUCAACGAUCGAUCAAGAGCGUGCUGCAACCGGCGGCCGAUAUCAUGAGCCGGUCAAACUCGGUAACCCGAAAUGCAUCUUCCCUAAAUGCCCACAAACGGAUCGCAUCUGCACCUGAGGCUGUCACACGCACACGUACUCCCUCUAUAUCGCGUAGCACGUUCAACAUAUCACCACCCGCAAGCCCUAGUCCCAAACGCGAACGGAAAAUAUCGUCAAGGCUAGCGCAUGUAGAAGCAGCCCUGCCGUCCUCGCCUGUCGAGAAUGUGCACGACCUUCUGCUUCCAAAACUGAUCCGUAAAAAAUCACCGACAUGUAAAAACAUAGCACCCCACGCAACGCCUGAUGUCAACAAAUCUCUACCUGAGAUUCCGUUGGAGCUCCCCAUUCAGCAUACGGAUGACCUCGGAACCGAAAAAUGUGAGGUACACGACCCGGAUCAGCAGGACACCCGUCCUUCGUCUGCCAUGCUCGACAGAGUGCGCCAUUUGCUAGCGUCCGAUGGAACUCCACAACCUACAGCCGCUGAAUCACCGCGUGUGCAGGAAACUCCGAAAACACAUGUCUCAUCCAACGAGGCGUCGCCGAAUGCGCGACGAGGAUCAGUGUCUACACGUGGACGUUCGGAAGAAAGACGACGAAGCUCAUUUAGCCAGGAUCGCACCUCGAACUCACGAGACGCCAUUCCGCGACCCAGCUUAGACGGUCUUCAUUCAGAAGAACAUCCUCGAGCCAGCCGUGAACGACACUCUUUUCACACCGACGAGAACGGUCGCGUAAGCUUCGAUAGAUCCACUUCAAGGACCGAUGAACACGCCAUGGCUCGUCAUCUUUUCUCACAGACGACACCUUUCUCGCAAUUCUCUGACACACCCAUCGAGGUCAGCGAAGCAACAGCUGUAAGCAUCUAUCCCCACAACAACAAUUCUGUAACGGUUGUGCAACAAUUCGCGCGAGCAAGUCAAGAACCUGAAGCGCAUCAUUAUAUUGCGAAUGAAGCGCAUUUCGCGAUACCUGACGUAGAAGAGCUCGAAGAACCUUCCACACCACCUUUCUUUGACGCGAGCGAAGGCCCGCAGACGGAGCUUUCGAAGCCAACUUUCACCUUUGAACCUUCCACUCCGCCCAUGCAGAUCGAUCUCCCUACUUUUACGGCGGUUGACUCGCCGCUCAAGAAUCCUCGCACGGCACCGGAGCCGCCUGUCAUAAAAUUCAUUCCGCCCACCCCCGCUGAAGAACUAGAAAGGCAACUUGUUCCAGCCCCGCCAGGCCCCCCAAAGCGGUCUGACUCGCAUCCACAACGUCGCCUCUCGUUGAAACAACGCGCACGCCGCUAUUCAGACAACUUCAUAUCACCCUUCCUAGCCCGUGCGUCUAGCAUGCGCGGUCGGUCUGCUAGCGUCUCACAUCACGGUCAUGGCCAGCUUCAAAUACCUUCAGUCAACGACGAAGACGGCAGUCUGCAUCCAUUCUGGCGCCCGCGCGGCUUUUGGGAUGACUUUGACGAUAGUGAGUCCGAAAGUGAUGAUGACAUCCUGCCGCCCGGUGGAGACACGAGCGACAUAGAAGACUCAGAUUCUGAGCCGCCCUCGCCACGAAAGAGAGUAGGCGCUCUUAGCAGGCGGCUGACGAACAAAGUCAAGAAACCCAAUGGUUUCCUGAUCGGCAACUCUCUCGGUGUCGAAAGAUCCGGCAGCAACAGGCGGAAGCCACAAAUCAAUCUCCCUUCACGUAGCAUGUCGGAUCGCUGGACCAAACGCGAAGCCCCUAAGAUCCUCAUUCAACCGCCCACAUUCCCUUUUCGCCGCGCACAGUCUGCGCGCGUCCAGAAACGACCGUCUGGCGCAUCGAUGGCGUCGUCUAGCACGCAGACGCUGGAACGACCUAGACGCCGCACCGACCGCGGCACAUGGCGACAGGGCAAGACAAUCCCCGGCUUGAAGAACAUGCAGGUCCAGUACAUUGGCCUGAGCGGCGUGAAAGAACGGUUCCGAGAGCGGAGGGCGGAGAGAAGGCGAGAAGCGCUCAGGAAGAGCAUCGGUGGGAGGUGGUACGUCGAGCCUGGAACGCCGGGUGGGACGCAUGUUCAUACCUAGCGCCAGUUCAUGGCGCGUUCAUUAUUUUUCGACUUUUGAGCAAUGUUGGUGUACAGCAUUUGGUCUGCGGUUUUUGU